UCGAUUCCCGCUUCUGCCAUCCCAGUCACUGCCGUUGUGUCCUUGGGCAAGACACUUUACCCACCUGCUCCCAGUGCCACCCACACUGGUUUAAAUGUAACUUAGAUAUUGGGUUUCACUAUGUAAAGCGCUUUGAGUCACUAGAGAAAAGCGCUAUAUAAAUAGAAUUCACUUCACUAUUUGUCGGCUUUUAUUCUGAAAGAUGAACAGGUCAAAACAUCCUCUGACGUGGGCGGUUAAUAAUCAAAUGUUUUUGGGGCGAACGGACGGGACUUUGUUUUAUUGUUCGGAGGCGAGCGGGAGGAAGGUGGCGUUGCUAGGCAACCAAAAGCAGGACGACAAGGAUGUCAAGUGCGAGAGCAGCUGUUUGCAUAUAUCCAUAUAUAUAUGUGUGUGUGUGUGUGUGUGUGUGUGUGUGUGUGUGUUAAUGUGUUUAUGGAGGAUGGAUGCUGUAAUGAGCAGCAUUAAGACCUCGGUGCAGCAGCUGAGUCUCCCCUCAUGGAGAUGAAGAUGAAGCUCCAGCAGGUGCAGAGUUCACCUGUGCAGUCAGCUGCCGGGCUAAUGAUUGACAGAUGACCAGCUGACCUCCCCGAGGGAGAGUUGUCAAACACUUGUUGUCAUGAGCGGCCGCCGCACGCUCCUGCUGCCGCUGCUCCUGCUGUACGCGGCGAGCGUGUCCGCCAAGCCCAACGCGGGCUUGAGGACGUGGACGCGCUUCGACAAGCUGCCCUACCCGGGCGACAAGGCCUUCCUCUACCACGUCUUCCCGCCGGGCUUCAUGUGGGCGGUGGGCACGGCGGCCUACCAGGUGGAGGGCGCCUUCGACAAGGACGGGAAGGGGCUGUCCAUCUGGGACACCUUCACCCGCGGCGGGAACCGCGUGGCCACGGGCGACGUGGGCAGCGACAGCUACCACAACGCGGCGGCCGACGUGCGCGCCAUCCGCCAGCUGGGCGUCAGCCACUACCGCUUCUCCCUGUCCUGGGCCAGGAUCUUCCCCAACGGCACCCGGGGCAGCUACAACCGGGCGGGGGUGCAGUACUACCGCGCCCUGCUGCGCCGGCUGAAGGAGGCGCGGGUGGAGCCGGUGGUCACGCUCUACCACUGGGACCUGCCCGAGAGUCUCCAGCGCGGCCUGGGCGGGUGGAGCAGCCCCCGCAUGGUGGACAUCUUCAGGGACUACGCCGACUUCUGCUUCCAGGCCUUCGGGGACGACGUCAAGCUGUGGAUCACCAUCGAUAACCCCUUCGUGGUCGCCCGCCACGGCUACGGCACCGGCGUGGUCGCCCCCGGCAUCAAGGACCACCCAGACCUGCCCUUCACAGUGGGACACAUCCUCCUCAAGGCCCACGCGGCCGUCUGGCACCUCUACGACCGCCAUUACCGUCCUCGCCAACAUGGCCGCCUGUCCAUGGCGCUGGCGUCUCACUGGGUGCGUCCGAGCCGCGCCCGGCUGGAGAGUCUGCGGGAGUGUCAGUGCUCCCUGGACCACGUCCUGGGCUGGUUCGCCCGGCCGCUCUUCACCGACGGAGACUACCCGGCCUGCAUGAAGGAGCGCCUGGGUGCCAGACUGCCCGCCUUCAGCCAGGACGAGCGCGCCGCCAUCAAAGGCACGGCCGACUUCUUCGCCCUGUCGCACGGCGCCGCCCUCAGCUUCCAGCUCAUCAACGACAGUCUGAAGUUCGGUCAGCAGGAGGACUUGGACCUCAGGAUGCUGCUCUACUGGGUCAGCGCCGAGUACGACAAGCCCGACAUCUUUGUGGUGCAGAGCGGCUGGUAUGUUCUGGGCAGCACCAAGACCAAAGACCCCAAGCACAUGUACUACCUGAAGAGGUUCAUCGCCGAAGCCCUCAAAGCCAUCGUGAUAGACGGCGUGAAGGUGGUGGGAUACACGGCCUGGUCGCUCAUCGACUGCUUCGAGUGGCAUCGCGAGUACGGCAUCAGGCGAGGACUUUACUACGUGGACUUUAACACCCCCGACCUCAAGAGGGAACCCAAGACAUCUGCCACCUUCUACAGGAAGGUGAUCCAGAGGAAUGGCUUCCCGGAACUGCCAGAGAACCGUCCAGCCCAAGGAGUCUUCCCCUGUGACUUUGUGUGGGGCGUGUCUGCCAACUCCAUCCAGGUGGAGACCACGGCCAGUCAGUUUGCAGACCCCCGCGUGUACUUGUGGAACAUCUCCAACCAGGGAGAACUGGUGCCACUGGCAGGUGUGCUAGCACCACCUGAUCAACAACACCCGCACUGUGCCCAUUAUGUCAGCAUACGCCAGCAGGUGGAUGAGAUCCAGGAAGUGGGUGUGUCCCACUUCCACUUCUCCCUGAACUGGUCCUCAGUGGUACCCACAGGUGAUGUGGGCGGAGCCAACAGAAGCCUGCUGGAGUACUACAGGUGUUUCUGUGCUCACCUGCUGCACGCCAACAUCACACCUGUCAUCACCCUCUGGCACCACACCCGCCUACGCAGCAGCCUGCCUCACACCCACACCUGGCUGCACAGGGACACUCCGGAGCUGUUCUGCGCCUACGCGCGGCUGUGCUUCCGGGAGCUGGGCGAGCAGGUGAAGAUGUGGAUCACGCUCAACGAGCCCAACGACGAGAUGGUGAGCUACCAGGAGGCGCACCAGAUGCUGCGCGCCCACGCCCUGGCCUGGCGCGCCUACGACCGGGACUUCAGACCCGCGCAGGGCGGCCAGGUGUCUCUGGCGCUGCACCUGGACUGGAUGGAGCCCGCCUCCUCCUUCAGCCGCGAGGACGUGGAGCCGGCCCAGCGCGUGCUGGACUUCCGGGUGGGCUGGUUCGCCGAGCCGGUCUUCGGCAGCGGGGACUAUCCUGCGGGGAUGAGGAGCUGGCUGCGCCAACUCAACUCGCUGGAACUGCCUGCCUUCAACCGGGAGGACCGGCUGCUGGUCCGAGGGACCUACGACUUCCUGGCCAUCAGCCACUUCAGCACCAAGCUGGUGACGCACGCCAAGGAGGACUCGUACACCUACACCGCCAUGCUGGAGGUCCAACACAUGAUCGACACCACCUGGAUCAUGUCGCCCAGGCCCGUGGUGCCCUGGGGGCUGAGGAAGGCGCUCAACUGGGUGAAGGAGCACUACCCUGAUGUGUCAGUCUAUGUCAUGGCCAACGGUGUCCAGGAGGACCCGGCCCGCUUCAAGGACUCUCUGAGGGUCUUCUACCUCUACAACUACAUCAAUGAGGCCCUCAAAGCGUUCACGGUGGACGGGGUGAAGUUGAAGGGUUACUUCGCCUACGCCCUGAGUGACCAGCGUGACCCGGGCUUCGGACUCUACGGCCAGGUGCAGCAGGAAGUGGUGGUCAAAGCCUCGCUGGCCAACUACCGCAACAUCAUCCAACACAACGGCUUCCCCGUGCCGGGGGCGGCGGCCCAGACCUGUCCGGGCGGCGUCCCCCGGGCGUGUGCGGGCUGCGGCCGGCCGCUCAAGCGCCCCCUGGUGGGCUUCCUGGCGCUGGUGCUGUCGGCGGGGCUGCUGUCGCUGGGCCUGGUCCUCUACUACGUCACCAGGAGACGCAGGGAGGCGUACUGAGGGCGGGGUCUUGUGUGGAUGGAGACAAGAAUAAAGCCGCUGCUGCCAACAACA